AUGACUCAAGUAAUUAACUUUUCAGUUGACCAAAGCCAAUUGCACUCUCCAGGCUCUUUCUUAGGCCAAAGCACAGGGUUCUUACUCCCCCACUCCGUAUGCGAUCAAAAAAAAAAUUGUUCAUUCACGUAGGGGGUUAAUUUUUUUAAAAUAUUUUUAUAUUAGUAUUUGCAGUUAAAAUGUUUUUCGAAAAUUUAAAAUUCCAAUUUGCAAAAAUUGAAAGCAAAUAUUUAUUUAAUUGCAAAAAAUUUAUGUUUUAAAAUGUAAUUUGUCCAAUAAAAAAACCGAAUUAUGGUGGGUUUUUGGGAAAAAAUAGGGAUUUUCCAAUGGUUUUUUGUUCACUUGCGGAGGGGGGAGAUAGAAGUAAGCACCACAUAUCGCUCAUUCAUAGGGGCACGAGUAGGCUCCUCUUCUGUGACUGGAAAAAGAAUUUUAUCACAAAGCGCUUUAUAUAGACCAGAAAACGACAAUUCUAGCAAAUAUCCUGUUCCCGUUCAGGUUUUUAAAAAACCCAAGAAGCCUCGCAAAACGUUGGAUUUGCAAAAUGAGGAUAAUUCGAAUCUGUCACAAAAACAUUUAUCCAGAUCAAAAACUGAAAGAAAAUCUCUGGGAAAAAUUCAGCCAAAGCCACCUAUUCAUCCUUCUAAAGCAAAAUUAGCUAAAGAGACUACCAAGAUGAGUAAAACUUUGAUUUUAAAUAAGCAUCUUGUGCAGAGGAUUAAUAUUAAUUAAUUAUUAUUGAAAAAUGGCGAGGGAGGUCUAUUAUAUGACCUAGACAAUAGCCUGAGUACCUUUUCUUCAGGCUUUCCUGACGGGAAAGAGGGGAGUAAAAACCUGGUAAUUUUGGCUUGACCAACUCCCCAAGUGACAGAGUCACAUUAAAUAGGGUUUCUACCAUUUGGUGAGUUGGUCAAAACAUUAUUAUUUGGUUUUUCCAAUAACAAAGAUGCUUGGGCUAUAGUGACUAUUAAUCUCGCUUUAAAAGAUAAAAUUACUUUGUGCAGAGUAAGUCACAGAAAAAAAUGACAGAAAAUAAAAAGUCACCUAGCAAAUCAUUUUCAAUCCCAGAAAUCAAAAUAAGAGAAACUGAAAUCAAGCCUGAAAUGACAAAAACCACUGAAGACAAAGAACCUCGAAGCGUAAUAAGAAUUGAUGACAUUGUCAAAAAUACACUGAUACAGGAAAAAGUAAAAAAAGUUAAAAAAAUCAAGGCUGAGCAAAAGCAGAAAGCAGAAAAUGAGCUUCGAAAAUUUGAGCAGAAAAUCCACAAUAAUCAAAUUCGACAAGAAAAUUCAGUGAAAUUUAGACAAGAAAAAUUUCACCCAAAAAUAGCAUGGGGUGCAAAUGGAAAAAAAAUCCUGGGCUUAGAUAUAUUAUUUCCUAUGUUUUAUUAAAGUAUAUUUAAUUAUUAAAUCUUAUUUUAUAUACAAAAAAUUAUUUGGAACUUUGAAGCCUUUUCUCAAUAUACCUAAAUAGAUUACAAUAAAACUGCAAAAAGAAAUUGAAGAAGAAAGAAGACACCAACGAGAAAUUCGCGCCCGCACAAAAUCAGCUGAAAAGGAUAGACUUGGGUUAGAAACUCUAGCAGAGCUAAGAAUAGAGCUGGGAACUAUAUCACGAAGCAAAAGUGUCAGCCAAGAAAUAAUUAAGCCAUUUAAAGCCUCCAAAAAAUCAGACCCAAAGUUGAAAGCAUUUAUAAAAGUAAAAAAGCAGUCAAGAAAAGAGUCAAAAGAGCAAGAAAUGUUACAUCACCAAGCAGAAGAAGCUAAAAGACUUACACAGUUAAAACAGCUAGAUAUUUUUGCAAAAUCACAAAUUAAUUUGAAAAAGAAAAAAAAGAGAAAAUUAAGCAAAAAGAAAAAUAAUAAAAAAAAGCCGACAAAAACAUGGAUGGAAGAUUCGCCUAUAAGUGGGUCUGAAGAGCAGUCUUAUCAGCCAUUGAGUAGCAGAAGGAUGAUUAAUGAGCGCUCAGAUAGUAAAGAGUCGUUUCAGGAGUAUUUUAUCAGUCCAGCUAUAAAUAAAGGAAAGGAGGAAUUUAAAACGCAAGAUAUUUUGAAGAAACAUAUCAAAUAUACAAAUUUAGAAAUGCAAAAAAUUAUUACUAUAUCAAAAUAGAAUGAAUGAUCAUAUCUCAUUCUGUAAAUUAAUGGAGGCCUUACUCAAUUUCUAUUUAUUUUAAUUAAAUAUAAUUAUUUUUAUAGAAAUAUUAUAUCAAGUUUUAUUGAAACCAAAUUUAGAACAAAAUAAUCAGAGCGGAAACAUUGACUUUCAGGAUUCAACAAUAAAUGACCAAAAUCUGUUAGAAAGCUCUUCAUCUAAUGGGAAAAUAAUUAACGAAUCAAACACAUCUAUUGAGUUUCGCAAAAAUGAUAUUAAAAAAAGACUUGAUGACCUACGAUACAGAAUUGGAAAAGUCAAAGAAAAUCUCCGCGAAGCCUCUCCAAAUACUCAAAAUCAAGCAGCGACAAAAAUCCAAGCAAAUAUACGCCGAUUUCUUACCCAAAAAAGGCUCACAAAGGAUUUUGCUGAUGAAGACGAAGAAGUCCAGAAAAUUUUAUCAAAAGACCCAUCAAAAUUCAAAAAAAAUCUUGAAAUCCAAAUUGAGGAGUCUCCUUAUUCUCCAUCAGACACCAGCUCAGAAAUUCCUCCAGAAAAUUUAAUGAAUAUUUUAAGCCCAAAAACAAGUACCACAAAUCUAGAAGACCGCUUAAUAGAGGGUUAAAAUAAUUUUUUCAAUUUUUUUCAAUUUUUUUAAUUAUUUUUUUAAUGUUUUUUUUAUUUUAAUAGAAGAAUUAAAAAACAUUGAAGAAAUCAAGCAUCAAAAAGACGAAUUUAAAGACAUUUUGAAAGACCAAUUAAUCUGGCAAGAAAAUCAAAAACAAAAUUUACAAAAAUUAAAAGAAAAAGAAUUGAGAGAGCUUAAAGAAGUUACAAAAAAACUAGGCCAAGGAAAAGAGCUAGAAAAAAUGUUAGCAGAAAUAAUAGAAAACCGGUAUUUGCAUUUGACAAAUUUGAUAGUAGAAAAUAUUGCAAAUGUCCAAGAAGCAUUGACAAAAGAGCAAAAUUUAAAGCAAAAUGAAGAGCAGAAUAUGAGGGAAUAUACCGGGGAUAGCUCUAGUGAGGGCAGCUAUUUUGAGUCUCAAGGAUCUGAUAAGUUUAUGGAACUAUUCAGCAAGAAAAUUCAAAAAAAUAUUGAGUCUGAUAGUGAUAGCUUAAGACCUGACGAGCUUGAAAAACUUAUGAGAGAAUUAUGCUUUUCAAGGCUCAAUAGAGUUAUUUUAUGAUAAAUUAAUUAUUAUUUUCUUAUUUAAUUUGCUAUAUUAUAAAUAAAAACAAAAAUUUCGAAGAAAGCGAGGAUUUAUUAAAACUGAAAACAGUCAGAGAAAUGAAAAACGCGCCAGAAAAUGAUGAAGAUAAACAAUUCAGUGACGCUCCUUCUUAUUUAAGCAAUAUCAGUGCAGAAAUUCCCCAAAAAAUAAAAUCCCCUACCUUUGGCCAAACUGGAACAGAAACUGACGAAUGUGACGAAAUUAUUCAAAAAAUUAUGAGCAAUGAGUCAUAUAAAAGUAGUGAAAAUGAAUCAUUAAAAAGUGAGGAAAAUAAAGAAAGCUUCCAAGAACCAAAAAACAGCUUUGAGUGUAUAAGUGAACUGGAGGAGCUUAAAGAAGUUUCCCAGGAGCAGAAAACGAGUUUUUUAAAUGAAUCUUCAGCGAGCUCAAUUAAAAAAAAUGAAAGUUUGGUAGAAAUUGAGACUAUACUGUAUUAUAAUAAAUGGUUUUAACUAGAAUAUUUAGGCACUGAAUAGAAUUACGAGGCAUUAAUGCCUUAAAAUAGUAUAAAUCAGACGAAAUAUACAAUAAUCAUUGAUUUUAGGCUUUAUUUUUAUAUAAAAAUUAAAAAACCAAUUUUAAUUAAAAUUUAGUAAUAAAAGAAACAGACAAUGAAAUAGGAAAUUUAUAUGAUUCUGAAAGUCUUGAAGAAGAAAGCCCUAGGUCCCCACCAAAUCCUCCUAUGGGUUCUCCACAGGUAAGUGAAGGUCCUUCAAUUACAUCUUUUGAGCUCCCAAAAAAUAUCCUCAGCCUCCAGCAAGCUGAAAUCUUUAUAGAAGAAGGAAAAUCCCCAGAAGCCUCCGCCUUUGUAAAACAUGAUAAUGAUUCUCUUGACGAGCUUCAAAUGCUUACACCAGAGCCAUCCUCACAAACUCCAGAGUCUCUUAUAGAUCGACCUUCAGCUCCAUUUUUAAGCAGUGACAGCGAAGACGACAAAUCAAAGCCUUUAACCCCUCUUCCUGAGCUAAAACUCGAAGCUUCUGAAGCAAAAAUCCAUUUGCCUCCUGACCUUUUCCGUGAAAUCACGCCUGAGCUUAUCUCUAUUAUAUCAGAAUCUAUUUUACAAAUGCUUAUAAGUGAAGACAUAAUCCCAAAACCAUCCUUCCCAGAAGAUCCAAAUUUAAAAGAAGAGGUCAAACCUGAGCCAAGUUUAUAUUCAGGGCCAGCCAUUCAAACUGACCAUUUAUCAGUCCAAAAAUACGUUGACGAAAUUUUUGACCUUGCUUUAAAAAAUAUUGAUGAUUUUCUUAUAAAUUUGAAAAAACCAUUAAAAAGAAACGCAUUAGAAGUAUUAUCAAGAAUGCAGGCAGCAAAAAUAGGGACUCCUAUAGAAACUGAAUUUGUAAUGCCGCCAGCUGUAUUAAAUGUAAAUUAUUAUCUUAAUUUGGAGCACCCACGUGAAGCAGCUCAUUCACAAAGAUGUUUGAGUCCGAAUACUAUACAGAUGAUAUCAGAAUGUGAGCAUAUCCAUAAUAAGAUGAUUUUUGAUGCUACAAAUGAAGCAUUGCAAAAAUAUAAGCCUUACUAUAGGAAUUAUAAACAAAUUUAUAGCUUAAUUUUCUAUAUUUUUAUUUUUUUUAAAGUUUAUAUGCUAAUUUGCAUAAAAAAAUCAUAAAUCUUAUUAGCAGUAUUCUAUUUUUUAUAAAAAAUAAUACCAUUAUAGUCAUUUAUUUCCCAAUUUUUCCUUCACAGCUAUAAUCUCUUUCAAUCAUUAUAGGCCAUAUGGUCUUAAAGGCGUUCCUCUUCCUUGGAGCACUUCAAGUCGCCAGCUCGUAAAUCUACACAAAAACCCUAGUAUCAUGAUUUCAGAAAUAAAAACACUCAUCGAAAAAUGAAGCCUCGUCCAAGCUGGAAAAGUGCCAACUCAAGACAUGGUCCUCACAGGCGGGAAUUUCGACGAAGAAUAUGUCCAACAAAUGAGAGAAGAAAGACUAGCAAGUAUGCUGGCUGACGAUAUAAUAGAAAAAGACAAUAUCUGGGUAGAGUACGAAUUUGAAGAAGUACAAGUAAAACUUGACCUGGCUGAUAUGGUGCUAGAAGACCUCGUGAUAGAGACAGUUAAUAUUCUUGACCAGGAUAAUUAA